CUGUUAGGGCUUCGAGAUCGAAGAAGAUUUUUGUUAAAGAAAGAAACUUGUGAAGAAAUCUCUAGGGAUCGUAAUCGUGUUGGUGUGGCUAUUACACUGAUUGCGGUUUCUUCCUGAAUCGUCUCUAUCAAUCGAUGGCAUCAGAGGAUGUGAAAAGAACUGAAUCAGCAGCUGUUUCAACGAUCGUAAAUCUGGCGGAGGAAGCGAGGGAAGGAGUCAAAGCUCCGAGUUAUGCUUUUAAAAGCAUCUGCAAGUCUCUUUUUGCCGGUGGUGUCGCUGGUGGAGUGUCACGAACUGCAGUUGCACCUUUGGAAAGGAUGAAGAUAUUACUUCAGGUCCAAAAUCCGCAUAGUAUAAAGUAUAGUGGGACUGUCCAAGGGUUGAAGUAUAUUUGGAGAACCGAGGGCCUUCGUGGAUUGUUCAAAGGAAAUGGCACCAACUGUGCUCGUAUUGUUCCAAAUUCGGCUGUGAAAUUUUUCAGCUAUGAGCAAGCUUCAAAGGGCAUUCUGUACAUGUAUCGUCAGCGGACGGGAAAUGAAAAUGCCCAACUUACUCCUCUUUUACGGCUUGGAGCUGGUGCAACCGCUGGGAUAAUAGCCAUGUCUGCAACGUACCCGAUGGAUAUGGUUCGUGGAAGGCUAACUGUCCAGACCGCAAAUUCUCCUUAUCAAUAUAGAGGAAUUGCCCAUGCUUUGUCAACUGUCCUGCGAGAGGAAGGUCCACGGGCCUUGUACCGUGGUUGGCUUCCAUCAGUGAUUGGAGUUGUUCCAUAUGUGGGCUUGAACUUUGCGGUGUAUGAGUCUCUAAAGGACUGGCUACUUAAAGACAACCCAUUCGGUCUUGUAGAAAACAAUGACCUGACCAUUGUAACGAGGCUCACUUGUGGUGCAAUAGCUGGAACAGUUGGUCAAACAAUUGCUUAUCCACUGGAUGUGAUUCGUAGGAGAAUGCAAAUGGUCGGGUGGAAAGAUGCUUCCGCUGUUGUUACAGGCGAAGGGAGAAGCAAGGCUUCGCUUGAAUACACUGGAAUGAUGGAUGCAUUUAGAAAAACAGUUCGUCAUGAAGGCUUUGGAGCAUUGUACAAGGGUUUGGUCCCCAAUUCAGUGAAGGUUGUACCAUCCAUUGCGAUUGCAUUUGUGACAUAUGAGAUGGUGAAAGAAGUUUUAGGAGUGGAGUUUAGGAUAUCAGACUGAGUCAUUUGAUAUCUCAAUACGUUUCGCCGACAAGAAAACGCACUUCUAUUUUUGUAGCCAGAGGAGACAGAAGAGAAGUUCAACAAAUUUAGGGGGCUUUAUUUAUCUCCUUUCAACAUCCGGUGGGAAGGAUAAAAGGCUAUAGGGCUU